AUGGCAUUGGUGUGCACGCAUAUGAAGCUGUCAUCAGCUAAGAUGUCACUUAGGCUGGUGACACCUGAGAGGCUGGGGGUGCUGGUGCUGGAUCAGGAGGAGGAGGCAGAGGUGCUCUAUGAAUGUCUGAGAAAGCUAGAAGAAGGCCUGUAUAUGGAGGACAUGAACAGGCUCUGGAGUGACCCCCUGGAGAGGGAGCGCUUUUUGAAUGAGUUUCUCUGCUUGAAAGAGGAGCUUGAGGGGCAAAUACGAAAGCUCCGUGAGCUUGUGGACAAGGCUGACAAGGUACACAGGAACUGCACCGUCACCAACAUCGUGGCCCGCUCCAUUGGAGCCAUGUCCAGUGUCAUGACAGUGCUGGGCCUGGGUCUGGCCCCUGUGACAGCAGGGAUCAGUCUGCCACUCUGGAUAACUGGGAUGGCGCUGAGAGCAGUAUCCGCUGUCACCAGAGUGUCCAGCAACAUUGUGGAGCACAAAAAAACAUCGUCCCUGAGAGCCAAAGCCAGUCACCUGACAUCAACUGGCAGUGACAACAGGGAGGUAGUUGCAAAGUGUUUGUAUGAGAAUACACCCUGCAGUAAUUCCUUAAAACACUGGGCUAAAGUCCUGAAAAACAUUGGAAAGAAUGUUCAUGCCAUCUGGCUGGCCAAAGCCAAUCGUCGCUUAGCAGCCCCUGCCAAGCGCCUCAUGACAACUGGGAGAGUUUCAGCUUGGAGUGGCAAGAAGGUGCAGAAAGCUUUUCGACUCGUUGCUGUGGCACUGGCCACUGAAGGCGAGUGGAAGGGUGUGGCUCUCUUGCUUGUGAUGGAAGUGGCCAACCUUCUCAAAGAAUUAAAGCACUUGUAUGAGGGGGCAACAGCAAAGCCAGCUGAAGAGCUGAGACAGCAUGCCCAGUUGUUGGAGAGCAAGUUGGAGGAGCUCACCCAGAUUCACGAACAUCUGAUUAGGUCCUGA